AGAUCUUCGUCGUCGUCUUAGACAAGCGCACACAAUUUUCAUACAUCAAUCAUGCCUGACAAGCGACACGUUUUACUCUUGAAUGUUGACGACAUAGAUGCUAUCCAACCUGAUGUCAAGGAGCAACCUACUCGCCCUGCCCACUCACACAAACGCAAGCGUUUUGUUGAAUUCAGUGUCCUCCUCUCGCUUAUUAUCACUACUACCAUACUUGAAUUCUGGCCCCGUACUCGACACGAUACGAGUACUGGAAGGGAUUCAUUGUACUCGAAUGGAACACACGAGUUCAAGAAGACAGUGCUUAUGAUUUCGAUCGAUGGUUUUCGUGCGGAUUAUUUGGAUCUUGGGCUCACGCCGCAUUUGUUAGAUAUCAGCCGGGAAGGUGUGAGGGCAAAGUACAUGCAACCUGUUUUCCCCACUCUGACAUUCCCAAAUCACUGGUCACUGAUGACUGGCCUCUACACCGAGUCGCACGGCAUCAUUGCGAACAACUUUUGGGACCCCGUUUUCCGAGACACGUUCCAUUUCGAUCGUGUUGAAUCCGCGCAGAACCCGAGCUGGUGGCUCGGCGAACCUAUGUGGGAAACCGCAGAACGUGCAGGUAUCAUCACCGCAAACCUCAUGUGGCCUGGUCCUUGGUCUACAUCCUCGGGUGUGAACUCCACAUAUUUUCUACCUUGGGAAGAUAACUACGCUCUCGAGAAGAAACUUUCCAACCUCCUAGAGUGGAUUGACCUCCCGCUGGAAGAGCGGCCGCAGCUUAUUCUUGGGUACGAACCGUCGCUAGACCAUGCUGGCCAUACAACAGGGCCGAUGUCCAAGGCCGUUAACAUGAGUCUUGCAGCUGUCGAUCUUUUCGCUCGGAACCUAACCCAAGCACUAGGCGAGCGCAAUCUCACGCAUAUCGUUGAUAUCAUCUUCGUCAGUGACCAUGGGAUGACGGACAUGAGCCACCCAACUUGGAUAUAUGUUGACGAGAUUGUUGGUGAGCUUGACGGAUUGCUUACCCUUCACUAUUCAGGUUGGCCAUCUAUGGGCUUACGCUUCGCUCCUGGCACGAACGCGACUGAGGCCCUUGAGCACCUCAACACAUUCAACUACGGUAAAAUGUCUGCAUGCACAGUGGAGCCUGUGCCCGAACGAUACCAUUUCUCCCAUAAUUACCGCAUCGCCCCUGUGUGGAUUGUACCGCGCAUAGGCUACGCGCUGACUGACCGCUUGGGUGGCAAAGACGGAGUGCCGACUGGAAACCACGGCUACGACAACGAGGACCCGUCGAUGCGUGCCAUCUUUGUCGCACACGGGCCUUUCUCGCGGGGCGCCAGGGCUUCUGUAGUCGCGCGAGGAGAGGGCGAUGCCACAGAGGAGUACGUGAUGCCAGGGUUCCAGAAUGUCGAGAUUUACAACCUCGUGAUGCGACUGCUGAGCCUCGACGCUACGGAUAUAGCUACAACCAACGGAACUGCUGGAUUCUGGGAUAAGUUUGUCUUGCCAGAUGUUUGAACUUCGUACAUAUUUGAAGUCGAACUGCGUUCGACGCUUCGAGAGCUAUCAUUACCCAUCACCUUCCUGGACGUGCUACAUACAUAUGCAUCAUCUUGCUACGCGCCAUAAGUAUCUGACCCGCGUCCUCAAUGUCGGACAAUGUUAGAAAACUAAAUUUUGUCAUUC